GUCAGUUUUUCGACAAGAGAGAAAAUUUUGGUUGAAUGAUAGUGAUACUACAUCUGUUUUUAGAUCAAUUGGCAAUACCUCGGAUUCGCCCUUUUCAAUUCCGAGAAAUCAUUCGAUCCUUCUUCUUUGUUCUUCCAACCCAACCACCGCUCGGGAAAACAAAACAGAGAUAAUCAACGCAGAAAUGUCACUGUCUUGAUCUCCCUGACAAGCAAACAAAGAGCAACACGCUCCUCCUCCCUCCGGCUCCCAAUCCAGUCCAGGGCGAUUCCUCACCGCCCGUGAAUCCAGUGACCGAUCCGGUCCGUCCAUGGAGACCGCCGCCACCGGCGAGCAGCACCCGCAUCCGCGGCGGCGGCGGCACCGGUUCCUGCUGGUGCACGGCGUCUGCCACGGCGCAUGGUGCUGGUACAAGGUGGCCGCGGCGCUCGAAUCCGCCGGCCACCGCGUGGACGCGCUCGACAUGGCCGCGUGCGGCGCCCACCCGGCGCGCCCCGGCGAGGUGCGCUCCUUCGAGGACUACAGCCGGCCGCUCCUGGACGCGCUGGCGGCGCUGCCGCCCGGGGAGAAGGCGGUGCUCGUGGGCCACAGCUACGGCGGCCAGAGCCUCGCGCUCGCCAUGCAGAGGUUCCCUAACAGGGUCGCCGUCGCCGUCUUCGUCUCCGCUGCCAUGCCCGCCGCCGGGAAGCCUAUGUCGUUCGUUCCCCAACAGUUUGCGAAAGAAAGAGGGCCUGGUUUCUUCAAGGACUGCGUGAUCGAGACCACCGGCGACCCCCAGCGUCCUGAUGAGUCCUUCUACAAGACAUUUCUGCUAGGACCAGAGUACAUGGCGCAGAAGCUGUAUCAGCUCAGCCCCCCUGAGGACCUGACCCUGGCAAAGACGCUCGUGAGGCCGUCGAGGCAGUUCGUGGACGACGCCGUGAUGGACGACGAGGAGUUCCUGAUGGCCGAGGGGUACGGCGCGGUGAGCCGCGUGUACGUCGUCGCCGAGGACGACGCGUCGUGGUCGGCAGAGUUCCAGCGGCGGAUGGCGUCGUGGAGCCCCGGCACGGAGGUGAGGGGCAUCGAGGGAGCUGAUCAUAUGCCCAUGUUCUCCAAGCCGAAGGAGCUCUGUGAUCUCCUUGUGGAGAUUGCCGACAAGUAUGCUUGAGGCAGAGCUGGAUACUGCAUUCAGCAAAAUGGGUGUUCAGUUGUGCAUUCUGAAUCUUUCUUCAAAGGAACUGAGAGAUGUUUGGGUCUGACUAUAUAUAUCAUCAAAUAGCAAUAUGUACUCUCUGCAAAAGAAAAUUUCAGACAUUUGUGUAAAAAGAAGACUAUUAUACAAGAACAUUUACAUUA